UGCAUCAGUAUACGGUUUAAUUGUUUGUCCGCUAUAUGAAACUCUAGGUCCCAACGCUUUGGAAUAUUGCUUAACACAUACCGAAACUUCAAUAGUAAUCGUUUCUAAAUCACUCAUUAAACGUCUGUUAAAUCUUUCCAAAAAGCUUCCAUUUUUAAAGGCUAUAAUAUCACUUGAUUCUUUUGAAAAUUCUGCCUAUAAAUCUCUAUUUCUUGAAGCAUCUCAAAAAAAUAUCUUCCUGUACGAAUUUACACAAAUUGAAAAGUUUGGACGGCAACAUUUUAGAGAACAUAUUCCACCUCAACCCGAUGAUUUAUUUAUAAUCAUGUAUACUUCAGGGACGACUGAUGUACCUAAAGGUGUAAUGAUAAGUCAUGGUAAUUUCGUAGCAACAUUGUGUUUGCCUUUUGACUUUCCUGAAGUAUCUCCAGGUUCUCGAUCAAUCUCUUAUCUGCCUCUGGUUCACAUGUAUGGUCUCAAGUUUGAAUUCUCGUCAAUAAUGCGUGGUAUGUCGAUUGGUUAUUUCAGUGGAGAUCAAAAUCGAUUAUUUGAGGAUGUUCAAGUUUUGCAACCUAUAUCAUUUCCCGGUGUACCUAGAAUAUUUAACAAAUUAUAUAAAAGCAUAAAAGCUGUUACAGUCGAUGCGACUGGUGAAGAGGGUGAAAUAGCAAGACAAUUGUAUCAAAAAAAGUUGGAGCAUUUUAAAAAAACUGGAGAGUUGAAAUACGAAGAAUGGGACAAAUUUGCAGAAAAAAAGAUUGGCAAGAUCCUUGGCGCAAAUAUAAAGCGUUUGUUUUCUUCUUCAGCACCAUUAAGUGAGGACGUUACGGAAUUUUUAAGAAUAGCUCUUGGCGUUAUUUUUGAUAGAGGAUAUGCGCAAACAGAAUCUACAGGAACAGGGACAAGAGUCUUAGUUGGUGACCUUUUAACGUCUCAUGUAGGAGCACCAGCACCAUGUAUUGAGAUCAAACUUGUAGAUGUUCCAUCCUUAGAUUACUACAGCACUGAUAAACCAAAUCCAAGAGGAGAAAUUUGUUUUAGAGGUGCAACAAUUAUGAAAGGUUAUUUCAAAGAUGAAAAAAGGACGAGAGAAGUUAUUGACGAGGAGGGAUGGUUACAUACAGGAGAUGUUGGAGAGUUUGAUGACCGUGGUUGUCUAAAAAUUAUCACUAGAGUUAAACAUAUAUUUAAGCUAGCUCAAGGCGAAUAUAUUGCACCAGAAAAAGUUGAAAAUAUCUAUCUUAAAAACCUUUUAAUAUCUCAAAUCUUUAUUCACGGUGAUGAAUUUCAGUCCUUUUUAGUCGCAAUAAUUAUUCCAAACAAGAUAAAUUUUAUUCCAUGGGCAAACGAGAUUGUUGGAGAUCUGGAUUAUGAAACACUAGCAGGAAAUAAAGUUAUUAUCAAUGAAUUAUUGAAACAUUUAAAUGAACAUGGAAAAAACAAUGGGCUCAAAGGGUUUGAACAAGUUAAAGCGAUACAUUUGGAUACUGUACCGUUCUCUGUUGAAAAUGGACUCUUAACUCAAACGUGA